CACAGGUUUUAUGAAGCAGAUGUGGGGCGAUGUGUAGAAACGUGCCACGCCUCUGACACCAUCACAACCAAAGCUCUUCCUGAGAAGAUGUCCUAUGGUUCUUCUUCCUGUAACCCAACUGAGCUGACCAGCAGAAGUUAUCCCCUCUUUGGUGACUCAAAGUACAAGACCGCCAUUUCCAAGUGUGGCUAUCAACAUACCUCUGGCGGCUGCAGUCGCCAAGCUUUGUUCAAAUCCUUCUUUAACGGAACAUCAUACAGUCGUCGUCAUGAUACAGGUGUCUGCCUUGGCUCUUGUGGAAACAGUGGACAUACCUGCAAAGCCAUUGACAGCGUAAUGAUUGGCAUAAAAGGGCCAAAUGGAGAAGGGGAACUAACUGUUCGUGUUAUUAAGAAGUGUGGUUGCGUGAACCCAAUUUGCCACCGAGUUGCGUUUCGUGAAGUUUUCAAGAGGAAGACGGGUAAAGCGUGGAUCCAAGAGGAAAAAGACGUUGGAAUGUGCGUCGGUACUGGUUGCCCGAGGGACUGUAUUCGCUGUUUCUUCGGGAACAAGUAUUGUGACGAUCACUGCAUAGUUUAUCGCGAGAGAUCCUGUAUCGCUACUAACUACACCACAGAAUAUGUUCACACUGGCGAUCACGAAGCAAAAACGAUCCACACAAUAACUGAAUGUGGAUGCAGGUAGAGAAGAAGGGGAGGUCACUAUUUCAUUAUAUCCCUCGGAUUACGAUGUUGACGACAACUUCCUAAAAAUAGUUUGGGUAGAUUAAAGGUAGUACGAUGCAAAUAACUUGUUCUUUCUAUUUGUUUUGUUGUUUUUGUUUUGUUCUCUACCUUUUUGGUUCUUUUUGUAUCUGUAUAACAUGAAAACAAAACUGUCAAGAAUGUAGAAGAGACGGAAAUUCAACUUUUUUUCGUUUUGAGAGAGGUCGUACAUUUCAUCAAAUUUAACAAGGGUUUUAAUCCGGUAAAAUUUAGUACUUCUAGUGGAAAAAAAAAUUUACGUCAUAUCUAGAGAAUAUGUAUCCCCUGCAUUUUUGUCGCAACUAUUUUCAAAUACACAAGUUAAAAAAACUACUAUCAAAACGGUAUUAAAAAAAAAAACAGAAGGAACAAUUGAGUUAUUUGCAUUGCACUAUUUUAGUGAAAGUCUUGCUUAGAGUACAGAUUAAAAUCAAUUAUUUUAAAAUUAUAUUACCUUUCGUAGGAGAGUGGUUUUAAGCAAAGCAACAACGUAUUUUUUUCGGCUUUUUUUAUGUUAGUUUGUUUUUGUCAGCAUUUGUUUUCUUUAACACCAAAACAUUACAAUACAACUAAAUGUAAUAGAUGUAUUAAUGAAUUUUUGUCUAAAGAGGAGCGCAAAACAAGUAAUCUUUUCCAUUGCAUGUUUAAAUCUCUUUUUGUUUCUCGCCUUUGCUACUGCUUACUUCGUUUAAGUAUUUGUUUUCUUUUGGUUACCUUUUUUCUUGUGACGAAAGUCUCCACAGACUGCAUUUUGCGUCAGUUGUUGCUAUGUUUAAUAUGGAGAGGAAGUAGUAAAAAUAAUUUUUGACUUGUCUCGGGUCUUAUAGAACAUUUUCUGAGUAUUGAUACAUUUUAACGCUUCAUGAGAUUUUCAUCUUUUUUCAAAGUAGUUUCUAGAUCUCAAGCGAAUGAGUUUUUCAAAUUACCCCUGAAUUUUUUAAGAGUUUGUUGAGGUUUUUUUUAGCCAGCUUCAUUGUAAGGAAUAUCGUACUGAACUUGGUUUGAAAGUUGAAGUAAUUAUUGUCUAGACUGUGUUAACUGAUUACAAUGCAGGUUAAAUAAAGCAAGACAACGAACAUUCCAAAGA